UGUUGACAAUGUUUUGUUAAAAAUCACAUCCCUAAAGGAUAUUUAAUUCAUUGUGUCCAGCUUAGUAAAUGCUUCUUGGUUAGCAAUUCCUCUAGGAAAGAUAGGUGACUCUUAUAGUUUCCUUCUUAAGUUUCGAUGGAAAAAGGUUGGUCAGUUUGUACCUUGUGAGAAGACAGCCAUCUCUUGGACCAAGUUGCUGCACCACCAUCAGAUGAUAAUCUUCAUGCUGGUAAUGGCUGAAUAUUUCCUUUUGCCUACCCCAGAUUUUGAGCUUAUGUACACUCUGACAACUUAAUUAACUGAUAUAGUUGUAAGCAGAUAAUUUAAGGCAGAUUGAAGGUGACUGGAGUGUAUGUUCCUGCUGUGUUUGUGAAGGGUGCUAUAAGACAUGAUAAGGACUCCUCUUGCCUAUAUCCCAUAAAGGAGGCUAUGUGUUAAUCUGAUCAUUUAGGCUUUCCCCCAUAGUCAGUGGUGAUCUCUCCCAUUUUCUGCUUCUCUCUGAAGAUGAGAAAAAUUGCUCUGUGGAUGCGCCCCUCUGACUAUACCAGAAGCAUCAGUGACUAAGCAUAGCAUAGAAUUCAUCUUACUUCUAGGCAUCCAAUAUGUGCUACAGUGCAAGCAGCAUGUUGUACUGCAAGUGCAUAUGAACUGGAAUUUGUUUCUGAUCAUAGGAGCUCUCCCAACUCAGCAUCACUCUUCCUGAUGAAGUUAGCUUCAGCGGUACACCUGUCCUUGGGAGGUCAUUGCAUUGUAUAUGCCGAUUAAAACUGUUUCAGGAUUUUUCCAGAUAAAAAGGUUUUACAAGCUCUAAAAUAGAGAGGAGUCAAAUGUAUUUCCUUAAUUGCUGAAUGCAUUGAAGCUGUAGCAGAGCUAGGUACUCAUCCUUUCUUCAUUCUUGCCUCCUCAUCUUAGACCAUUGGCUCCUGUGAACAUGUAGUCUGAGUCCUGAAGCACAGUACAUACAACAGAAAUAUGGUGUGGCAACCAAAAUAAUUAAGGGCAACCAAGACUCCUUUCAUUUUCCCUGUCUGGCACAAUAGCAUCAGUGACUAGAAUUAGCAAUGUAAUGCUCAAUUCACUAAAAAGUUGAAGGCAUAAAAGAUUGCAAGAACGGACAAGACUCUAGUAAGCUUUUGCUGCAUUCAUCUUUAAGGAGAUCAGCUUAAACUGAGACAGACACACUAAUGUGGCAGGGCUUUUUUCAAAUUGCUUCAGUUAUGAGCACAGGUAUUUUGAGACUUCUGCUCUGUGGCAGCCUCAUCGUUAUUUUUUUUUCUAAAACGAUUCCUCAAAUCACAUAAAGCUAACUAUACAAAGAAGAAAAAAAUAGAGGCGUAUCAAAAAUUGGCAGAAGCUACUGAGACCUGAGAUAACUCUGGCAGCUGCAGACAUGCACAGAGACAGUGAAGUCUAAGCAUGCAGAUAAGCUGCAUUUUGCCCACGCCCAGCUCAGACACAACACGGCUUCGUAGAGUUACAGAAGCACUGGAUCUCUGAGGAACAACUCCUUUCAAAAAAUCUUCGCGAUGUUCCUCGCUAAAGCUUUGCUGAGUGGAGGAAGUGGUAGUGGUCGUGGAGGGAGCCUUGCACGUGGCCUUGGAGGUCUCCUAACAGGAGGUGGACACGGAGGGAACCUCGGAGGACUUGUUGGAGGUCUUGUCAAUCUUAUAAGUGAAGCAGCAGCUCAGUAUAAUCCAGAGCCACCUCCACCUCCUCACCAUCAUUUUACGAAUGUGGAAGCUUAUGAGAGUGAGGAGAUCAGGCAGUUUCGUCACCUUUUUGUCCAGCUGGCUGGAGAUGAUAUGGAAGUGUGUGCCACUGAGCUAAGGGACAUCCUGAACAAAGUUGUUUCCAGACAUCAAGACUUGAAGACAGAUGGCUUCAGCUUAGACACAUGCCGUAGCAUGGUAGCCGUCAUGGACAGUGAUACAAAUGGCAAACUGGGCUUUGAAGAGUUUAAGUAUCUGUGGAACAACAUCAAGAAAUGGCAGCGUGUAUACAAGCAGUAUGAUACUUAUCAGUCAGGCACUGUUGGGAGAGCUCAGCUGCCAGAUGCCUUGAAGGCUGCAGGGUUCCACCUGAACGAACAACUCUGCCAGGUAAUCAUCCGCAGAUAUGCCGAUGAGGACGGCAGCAUGGAUUUCAACAACUUCAUUAGCUGCUUGGUACGACUGGACAGCAUGUUCCGGGCCUUCAAGUCCCUGGACCGAGAUGGAAGCGGACAGAUGACCAUUGAAGACUGGCUGCAGCUGACCAUGUAUUCGUGAAGGUAUAGCAGAGAAGAAUAAGCUUCAUCUGGAAGAUAUACAUGGAAGACUACGAUCCUGUGCUAUAGAACUAUAGUCUUUUCCUUGUUCUAAGGCAGAUGUAGCUAGUGGCAGGUAGCUCAGCUUAAAGUAUUGUGAUUCCUCUUGUGCAUGCAUUAGUCUGCUUUUCUGAAGGGUUUGAGUAAGUUGUCAGUUGGACAGCUGCAUAAGUCUGUCUCGGAGAACUAUCUCUAGACUCUGAAAUGAGGGAAUAUGUUGAAGGAUCAAAGCUUAGUUAUUCACAUAAAGUGGCUUGUAUAUGAGUAUAUUAUAUAAAAAGCUCGUAAGUUUGGCGUUGAUGUUACUGUUUCGAUUUGUCAGCAUUCGCUAAGCUGGAAUAAAGCUGUCUGCCUGAAGGCAAUUGCUAGUAAA